UCCGCAACUCCAAAUGUUUCCUAAGUUCCUCUUCCUGCAAGUAGAAUCAUUUCCAGAGAUCUACAAGAAAUGGCAUCUUUCAACAAAUUAAGAAACGUGCUAAUGCUGGCAUUUGACUGGAUUCUCUAUGGUGCUGGUGCUUCGGAUACCUGCCAAGUCACUGUAACCCAACCCAGAUUUCAGGAAGCUGAAUACUCCACACACACGGUGUAUCUAACGUGUACUUUCUCUGCCUCUGGAUGCUUAUUCUCCCCACCUCAAGUCCUGUGGUUUCGCUUUUUAAGUAACAAGCAUGAGGAUUUGUGUACUCCUGGAUGCACCAAUCAACAGAAGUACAAAGUACAUUUAUUAAAAAACAACAGUUCACUUCAGAUCAAUAAUCUGACUGUAAAUGACAAUGGUGUUUAUAUCUGUGGAAUAGCAUUUCCAGAUUCAAGUUCGCCCCAUUCUAAACAAACAGGAGACGGAACAGUACUAACAAAAACAGCAGAGAACCAGCACAGCAAUGGAAAACUCGUCUUCACCUUCAUGAUCAUCGCCUCAUCCUUACUGUUUCUAUACAGCACUACUGUGUUCACUUUCUUUGCAGUAUACAAGCUGAAACCAAAGUUGCUAAAGAAAAGUGGGAAUAAAGACCAAAGAAGAGAGAACUGCAAAAUCAGUAGUGGACGAAAAAUAUUUCAAGCAAUUGCCCAAGAACUUCAAAAGCAGAGGUAUGCUGAGCAUUGUCAACAGCCUGAUGAUUUGGAAGAUGACACUGUUUAUCAGAACAGAUGAGCAUGUGCAGCAGUUUCAGAUUUGUUCCUUGUUUCUCAUGCAACCAAAGAGGCAGAUGAAGAAGUUAAGCUUCUUCACAGACUUCCUCUGCUUCAGAAAAAGAGAGAAGAAAACGUUGCAGGGCAGUGUUCUUCAAGAAUACUUUCUGAACACCAAAGCCAAGACGCAUCAUACAUUACAUCUAUGUUACAUAGUACUUCCAUUUUCCAUUCUUCAAGAAUAAGAACAAUAGGAAAAGUCUUCAUCUUUCACAAGAUAACUGCUAAUGCUUAAUAAAAAGUUAAUAUUUUAGUAUAGAUUUAAUUCUAUGUCCCUUUUUCUUUUUACAUAAAUGUACAUGUAUUCCUUUUACAUUAAUUGAGUAAUUAACAGCAACAAAAAAUAAAUGUUUCAUAGGUGAAAUUCUGGUUUUAGACAUGUUAAUGUGAUUCUUACCAAGGUAACAGAGAGAUAUACACACACUUAUAUGGCUUCAGUUACUGAGUCAAGAUGACAGCUCAAACAGAGCAAAACCUAUGUAUUCUGUAGACAGGCCAGCAGGAAAAACAGACAACACAGAUGCCUACACUAUCAUGAUGUAGUAAAUCAUGAUAGUAUUUGGGAUGGGAGCUUCUGAGAAGUGGUGGUCACAGUGAAAACGUUGCUCCUGCAAUAUUAAAAUUCACUUGCUUAGACAGACAACCCUCAUCUUCCAGUCCUACCAUCCAAAGUCCGGAUUACCUGGAGCACCAAGUUUUGCCUUUACAUUCCUGUUCAACACAGAUAUGAGCCUGAACACUGAAGUACACCACCUACUCAAAGUAGUAUACUUUUAUUUAAAUAAAAAAGUAGUUUGGUUUUUUUAAAGCUGUUAUUAUCCAGCCAAUCUACGAAUUCAGCACUUUUACAAGAGAUCUGUUAGAAUCAGGCACUCUUCCUACUAGAGAAUACCUGCAACUUUUAUCACAAUUUAAAUAAAGCAAAGCUUUGUAUAGCAAAUGAAAUGGCAUUUCUCACUUCCCUGAGAUGAGAAAUAACAACUGAGACAAAGCGAGGAUCCUAGUAGCACAGUACCAUGUUUCCAGCUCAAUUUAGUAAAAAGUAUUUCAGGAAGAUGGAAAACCCAUUUUUGUCUUCUUAUCCCUGUCAACCAAUCACAAGGCCAUUAAUGUGUUCAACAAGAGAAUUUCAUAACGCCAGGCUGCUAGCGUUUACUCCUUCUGAAGCACGGUAUCCCUGACAUUUUAAUUUUACAGAAUCCUAAACCAGUCUAGUCAUAUAUUAUCUAAUAAUGCCUUUGUAUAAGUAUUAGGAAAUGCAAAGGAUUUUUAUAUGACCUUAUAGGAUACCUAUUAAAAAUAGAAAGCUAUACCACACAUUCUUAUGCAACUGUCUUAAUACCUUAUGAUUCAUCUGGCUUACUUGCCAAAUUUAGACAUGUCCAGUAAAUGCAUUACUUGUUGUUCUGUAUGUUGAAAAUAAAACCCUAAAAAGCCUGAGAAUGAAUUUAUGAUUAAGGUACUUUGGACUCUAGGUGUCACUGUAAUUCCAGAAACAGUAAGCACAGCAAUGUAUUCUACCUUCUCCUCUGCCUUGCUUUGUUCUCUUAAAGCAAUUUUUAUGUUAUUUCACAUACAGUUUCCACAACUACCCUCCCAUUACAUUAAGUGUAACCACCCAAAUAUCUCACAUUUUGAUUAAAAUAAUUUCUCCAUUUCUAGAAACUGAUCUAUACACUGAUCAAGCACUUUACCUGCCUCAUCUCUUCCCCACUUGUUUCACUCUCUAAAAUGUGAAUGUUUCUCUAACCAGGUCCAAACUAUUUUUAAUUAGUGACUACAAGAGGUAACUUGA